UCGUUCCGACGUUCCAAACGAGGAGUUUUUCUCUCUCUCAGCGACGUUCACAGGUCACUGCCUUGAGUUACAAAAAUGGAAGAUGAAUCACAGAAUCUAUCUACAUUUGAAAAGAUACAUGGGCAGUCUUACCUCUUCUCUAGGCUUGCUCCCAGGAUGCACACUAGGGACUCUGGCAUGUUUAAUCCAUCUGGUGCUUAUGUAACUGGGGCCCUCCAUAGUUCUUUGCUCCUAUCAUGCCAAACCAAUGUCAUGUCAGUUGCAUUACCUGUAUCACCUGUCUUUGUCCAAGCACCAUCAGAGAAGGGAUUUAGUGCCUUCAUGGUCGAUUUCCUUAUGGGAGGUGUUUCUGCUGCAGUCUCCAAGACAGCAGCUGCUCCAAUUGAGAGAGUGAAGCUUUUGAUCCAGAAUCAGGAUGAAAUGAUAAAGUCUGGCCGUCUGUCUGAGCCUUAUAAGGGAAUUGUUAACUGCUUUGCCAGAACAAUCAGGGAUGAAGGCUUCCUCUCUCUCUGGAGAGGCAACACAGCCAAUGUUAUCAGAUACUUCCCUACACAGGCUCUGAACUUUGCUUUUAAGGAUUACUUCAAGAGGCUGUUCAACUUUAAAAAAGAAAGAGAUGGCUACUGGAAAUGGUUUGCUGGAAACUUGGCAUCAGGAGGUGCUGCUGGUGCUACAUCUCUGAUCUUUGUCUAUCCCCUUGAUUAUGCCCGAACCCGCCUUGCAAAUGAUGCUAAGGCUGCCAACAAGGGUGGUGAAAGGCAGUUCAAUGGUUUGAUUGAUGUCUACAAGAAAACCCUCAAAUCUGAUGGCAUUGCUGGUCUUUAUCGUGGGUUUAACAUCUCAUGUGUUGGGAUUAUUCUAUACCGUGGUCUCUACUUUGGAAUGUAUGAUUCUCUGAAACCAGUGGUGCUGGUUGGCAAAUUACAGGAUAGUUUCCUAGCAAGUUUUCUGCUGGGAUGGGGAAUCACGAUAGGUGCUGGUUUGGUAUCAUACCCAAUUGAUACUGUGCGAAGAAGGAUGAUGAUGACAUCAGGAGAAGCCGUCAAAUACAAGAGUUCAUUGAAUGCAUUCCAACAGAUCAUUAAAAACGAAGGUCCAAAGUCCCUUUUCAAAGGUGCAGGUGCAAACAUUCUGCGUGCUGUUGCUGGUGCUGGUGUGCUGGCUGGCUAUGACAAGUUGCAGAUGCUUAUGUUAGGAAAGAAGUAUGGAUCCGGAGGUGGUGGCUAACUCUAAUUUGGUCACUCUUUAGUGGUGGCAAUCAUGAUGAUGAUGAUGAUGAUGACGACUACGAUGAGAGAUUAUGGUAAUUGUCCAUUGCGUUUUUGUAGUUUUGUAUAGUUUUAGACGCUUUCCAUGUUUUCCUCAGUGCAUCAUGAAGCUCCAUAUUGCCCAUGUGAUGGACACUAGUUAGGAGUACUUAAAUUUAGGUCCUGCAAUGUCAGAUAUAUUAGAGCA